UUAUAUUUAGAAAUUUUUAAACAACUCGGCGACCUAAAUUUUUUGUUUGAGCGCUAGGGUUUUGCGAUUUGUACAGAAGCAGAGCGGGCUAGCGAGAAAGAACGGGAAAAACAGAAAGAGGAGAGGAAACAAUGAGCCGAAGCUUGGGCAUUCCGGUGAAGGUACUACAUGAGGCGUCGGGCCACGUGGUAACGGUGGAGCUCAAGAGCGGAGAGCUUUACCGAGGAAGCAUGGUCGAGUGCGAGGAUAACUGGAAUUGCCAGCUAGAGAACAUCACUUACAUGGCUAAAGAUGGAAAGGUAUCACAGCUUGAGCAUGUUUUCAUUCGAGGCAGUAAAGUCAGAUGGACUUAUUUUGACAGGUUUAUGGUCAUACCUGACAUGUUGAAGAAUGCUCCUAUGUUCAAACGUCUGGAUGCUAAAAUCAAGGGUAAGAGCUCAUCUCUAGGAGUUGGCAGAGGCAGAGCUGUUGCAAUGCGAGCCAAAGCUCAAGCUGCUGGCCGCGGCACAACAGGUGGUAGAGGUGUUGUGCCAUCUGUUCGUAGGUAACUAUGUCAUGUCAAAUAGUUUCUAGGCUCUUCUGACAGGAGUACGGUUCAUCAUUGUAGUCACCUGAGAAAUGUCUUGAAUUUAAUGAUCAAGAUUGUAAUCCAUAUAUUUGAUGUAAAAGGAUAGGCUCUUAUGUUAUGUUGAGGAAAUGAAAUUACAUAGUGCUGAAGUUUUUUUGCCUGGAUCCAAGUGAAUGCUAAGUGUCUGUGUGCAUGUACUCAGGACUAUUAGUUUGAUCUUCUGAAUUUUAUACCUGCAUUGCGGUUUUGUGAUUAUGGGGAAAAAUGCAAGUAUGAUUGUAUCCUUUGAACCUGCACCUUCCAUGCCACAAGUCUUUUGGACUCCGUAUAUAUAUUUUUUUGGUGCUCAAUGGUCUUUUUAUAUUCAUUUGAAAGUUGGUAAUUGGUAGUCUUAAACCUACGCAUACUUAAACGGUCUUUUGGGAUUCAGUGUGUAGAAGAUGCACUUGUCUUGUGAAUAGAUGAGCCUAGGCUUUAGUACCAUAUGUACAGGGAACAACCUAUUGUUUACAUGGAAUGCCGAAAAAAGAGCAUGUUCUCGAUCAAAAUAUGCUCCAAGUAAUUUCGGGUGUCUUUGCCUUUCACCCAAAAAAAAAACAAGGGUCUAGCUACUUUUGAGGAUGAGGCUAGAUUAUAGGGCAAUCGAGUCAUU